AUGGCAUCCAAUACUAUCGAAACCGAGAUCUCUCGCCUAGAUCUCCAAGCACCCAGCACACUUUCAGCUUCCAUCACUGAUGUCAAGCAUAUUUCUUCCUAUAACUGGAUUGAGGCACCCAAAUCUACACCUACCAUCGCCGUUCCAGGCAGCCCAGCACUUUGGUCAGUUCCAAGAGCUACACGACAGUUGAACAAGGACUCCGGCCUCAUCUAUAUUGCGCAAAAUGCGGCUCGACAUCCAGAUAGCCCGCUUGAGCCACUUUUCCGCUCACUGUACAUGACCAGCCCUUCAUUUGACAUCUGCUCAAUUGAUGUUGUAUCUGACCGCAACAACAUUCGUAAACUUCUGUCGUUCGUUUCUUCUGGUCCAGGUGGAAUUGAAGCCUUCACCAUCAAAGUCGAGAUUGUAAAGGACACCGCAAUAUUCUGUCGUGAUGAGACCGCAACCUAUGAGUUUAUCGGACCGCAUAAAUUCAGAGGGUAUGGUCAUGAAUUCGAGAAGGCGUAUACUACUAGCCAGGUCAGCGGCAGUACUGGACAUCACCGAAUUAUCUCAUACCGUUUUAGCGAUCUGAACGUCAUCAUCCGCCACGAAACGGAUGGAUAUGUGGGCACUCGAACAACAACAUUCUCCGCAACGAGGAAGGAGCAAGGAAUUGAUAGUCUCUCCAGUGCCUUGGGAUCUUUGGUCCUGUCUACAGCAAAUAACAGGCCUGUUAAGACCAAUCUGAUUGUUAAAGAAACGGGCCAAGCAGUGCCUCUUGAAUCAACCCUUGAGAUCAAAACCCGCGUGGCUCAUAAACCUCUUACGAUUCAAGAAGUUGCACCUCAGCUUUGGGUAUCACAAACCCCGAAGCUUGUACGAGCCUAUCAUCGGAACGGCAUCUUUGAGAGACCGGACGUUGAAGACGUGACAGUUCAAAUCAAGAGUUGGGAGCAACAAAACCAAGGCCACCUGAGGAAACUGGCUGUAUUGAUUCGGAGAAUCAUUGAUGCGGUGAAGGCAGUUGGUGGUCAGGGAGUUCUGAGGUAUGAUGCCUUGAGAGAUAGGUUGGUGGUCUCUAAGAUGGAUGAGAAAAAGAUGUUGCCUGAGGACUUGUAUUUGAAAUGGGACGAUCCCCAACCCAAUCUUGAUGCUAGUAAUGUCGGUCCAUCAGAAGCUAAGACUGCUCAAACAAGUUUAUCUCAGCUAACAGGAAAGUCAUUGGAACCCGAAAGUAAUAAAGAAGCCAGCAAAACUAAAAUUAGGAUUGGGGGAGUAGUUUACAGUCUUGAUGUUUCCAAAAUUCAGUAUCUGGCAUCCUUCGUUCGACUUCAAAAGGCAUCUGAUCCAAACUCAACCGAGCUUGUUCACCACGGAAUACCUCUCUUCGAUAUAGCCGUCAAAGGAACUGAAUCAGGCUAUCGCUCUUGCUUUCGAUCUCUCCCUCCCGAGGUUUCUCAAUACCGGACUCUUUGCGAGACGUACAAGUUUCUCAAUGUUGAUGUUCUGGAUGGUUUAUCUUUGAACGAGAUAAUCUCCAAUCUUAAAGUUGGGAGAACAGAUUACAGUUACGAUGAGCCAGUGAAAGGGAACAUGCGAUUGGCACGCGAUGCGGGUUUCCAACUCUUGUAUUUGUUGUUGGUAGGUCAACUCGAGGACGAAAUGAAAAAUAGGAACCAGCUAUUCAAUGCGGUGCAAUUCGUCGUCUCACACUUACGGACUUUCAAAUACACCACAAGACAAAUGGUUCGAGCUGCAUACGAGGCGCGAUUCAGGCUCUCACCGAAGCAAAGAGCGGGCUUAAAUCAAUGGCAAGACAAGGGGAUUAACGAUCCUGACGCGGAUACAACCCCUGAUGAGGAAUCUGGUGACUAUUACGAUUCCUUUGAUUCAGAUGACUCCUUUUGA